AUGUCACACUCCAUCUGGUUUUACUUUCCAGGGGACUCGGGUGUGUGGGGUCUGAAGAAGAACUUUGCUCUGCUGGAACUGCUUGAACGGCUGCAGAAUGGGGCCAGCAAUCAGGCAGGCAUGUCGGAGGAUGCGCUUCGAGAGAUGGGAGAGCACGCGCACAAGCCGCGAGAUGCACAGCGUUAUCUUCAGCUCUGCCGCACACAUCAUUCACACAUUUGUCUUAUUGCAAACAGGAUAUUUUGUAUCGAGCCCGGUUCAUAUUUUCAAUCUUUUUUUCACAUUUUCAAAACAUUUCACCAGCAUGCUGUUCUAGAGGCUGAAGCCAACCAGAUCCGAGCAUCCAUUCUGGAUAUGGCACACUGCAUCCGUACGUUCACAGAGGAAGUGUCGGAGUACUCCAGGAAACUAGUGGGCAUCGUGCAGCAGAUUGAAGGAGGAGAGCAGAUCGUGGAGGACAGCAUGGGCAUGGCUCACACUGAACAUGUAUCAGGAACAGCCGAAAGUGCCCGAUCUUGUGUGCGUGCCUAUUUUGCGGAUCUACACGAGACGUUGUGCCGUCAGGAGGAGAUGGCUCUGAGCGUGGUGGACGCACACGUCCGAGAGAGGCUGAUCUGGCUUCGACAGCAGCAGGAGGACAUGACCAUACUGCUGUCACAGGUGUCCACUGCCUGUCUGCACUGUGAGAAAACACUGCAGCAGGAUGAUUGCAGGGUGGUUUUGGCAAAACAGGAGAUCAACCGGUUACUAGAAACACUGCAGAAACAGCAGCAGCAGUUUACAGAGCUGGCCGACCACAUUCAACUGGAUGCAGGCAUCCCUGUUACUUUCACCAAGGACAACCGUGUGCACAUUGGUCCGAAAAUGGAGAUCCGCGUUGUGACUUUGGGUUUAGAUGGAGCUGGCAAAACUACUAUUCUCUUCAAACUGAAGCAAGAUGAGUUUAUGCAGCCUAUACCAACCAUAGGUUUUAAUGUAGAAACCGUUGAGUACAAAAACCUGAAAUUCACCAUUUGGGAUGUUGGUGGCAAACACAAACUCCGUCCCCUAUGGAAACACUACUAUCUGAACACACAAGCGGUGGUGUUUGUGAUCGACAGCUGUCACAGAGACCGGCUGAUGGAGUCUCACAGUGAACUGGCCAAACUGCUGACCGAGAAAGAGCUCAGAGAUGCUCUGCUGCUCAUCUUCGCCAACAAACAGGACUUUCCCGGUGCGGUGUCUGUGGAGGAGAUGGCGGAGCUCCUGAGCUUACACAAACUGUGCUGCGGCCGCAGCUGGCACAUCCAGGGCUGUGACGCCCGCAGCGGCAUGGGUCUACACGAGGGGUUAGACUGGCUCUCACGCCAGCUGGUGGCCGCAGGAGUUCUGGAUGUGGCCUGAGGGAUGCUUAACCACACUUAGACUUACGACUUAAAACUCAAGCCGGUCCAUGCCAUUUGCACAGUCACCCUGCUCAUGUUUACCCACAGUACCACGUCAUACCAUCAUAUAUUAGUAGACUUGCUGCUGUGUGCGCUCGUGGCUCAAUGGUGUACAUAAGUGGAGCUUAAAUAAAAGUGAUUUAAGCUAGGACUCCAGGUUAAAUACAUGGCAACAUGCUGCCAGUUACCAUCAAACAUCAUUUCAACUCGGCUGUGGCAGUUGCUUUGGUUGCCCUGUAGACUUCCAUUGUACAUGCUUUACUGUAAAAAAUGUUGUUGGUUUUUAUAUAGUCCCUGCUUGGGUCCCUAUCACAGAGAGUGGUAAUCAAAAACAUUUGCAGAUGCUGUUCUUUAAUGUGCAUUUAACAUUAAACAUUCGUGCAUUACGAACUAAACAGUCAAAUGUGCUGAAAAUGUACUCACUCUCAGGCCAUCCAAGAUGUAGACGAGUUUGUUUAUUCAUG